AUGCUCUACAUCGCGGGCCAUUUCUCGGCAGAAUUCUCGAGACUCACUGUCACUACAGAAGGAUUUUCACCACCAUAUUCCCGUCCGCUCCAGCUGGCAACAUUCGAGAAAAGGAUUAGGGAAGUUAAAUGGACCAGUAAUAGUAGUAUUUAUUUGUACAGGCUAUUCCUUUUUGUACAGGACUCGGAAACACCUAAAGCUCCUCCGGGAGGGCCAGGUUAG